CGGAACGGAUGUCUGCACGAGCCAAUGGGCGCGGCAGUAGCGGCAACGAAGACCAAUGGGCACGCAGGGGCGGGGCCGAGCGGCUGAACCUGGUUCCCGAGGCGCGGCGGCCGCGGCUGGGGGCGGGGAGGGGGGCGCAGGACCCCAGGCGGGGGUCCCGGAGCCAGAGGGCCAGUUCCCGUCCCCCCAGCAGCAUGGCGUCGUGUGCUGAACCUUCUGAGCCCUCUGCCCCGCCGCCCGCAGGGGUCCCGCCGCUUGAGGACUUUGAGGUGCUGGAUGGGGUUGAGGAUGCUGAGGGGGAGGAGGAAGAGGAGGAGGAAGAGGAGGAGGAAGAUGACCUGAGUGAGCUGCCACCACUGGAGGACAUGGGACAACCCGUGGCGGAGGAAGCUGAGCAGCCUGGGGCCCUGGCCCGAGAGUUCCUGGCUGCCAUGGAGCCCGAGCCUGCCCCGGCCCCAGCCCCGGAAGAGUGGCUGGAUAUUCUGGGGAAUGGGCUGUUGAGGAAGAAGACGCUGGUCCCAGGGCCACCAGGUUCGAGCCGCCCAGUCAAGGGCCAGGUGGUCACCGUGCAUCUGCAGACAUCGCUGGAGAACGGCACACGGGUGCAGGAGGAGCCGGAGCUGGUGUUUACCCUGGGCGACUGUGAUGUCAUCCAGGCCCUGGAUCUCAGUGUCCCACUCAUGGAUGUGGGGGAGACGGCCAUGGUUACUGCUGACUCCAAGUACUGCUACGGUCCCCAAGGCAGCAGGAGCCCAUAUAUCCCCCCGCACGCGGCCCUGUGCCUGGAGGUGACCCUGAAGACGGCUGUGGAUGGGCCUGACCUGGAGAUGCUCACAGGGCAGGAGCGCGUGGCCCUGGCCAACCGGAAGCGGGAGUGUGGCAACGCCCACUACCAGCGGGCGGACUUCGUCCUGGCCGCCAACUCCUACGAUCUCGCCAUCAAGGCCAUCACCUCCAGCGCCAAAGUGGACAUGACAUUCGAGGAGGAGGCACAGCUCCUGCAGUUGAAGGUGAAGUGUCUGAACAACCUGGCGGCCUCGCAGCUGAAGCUGGACCACUACCGCGCGGCCCUGCGCUCCUGCAGCCUUGUACUGGAGCACCAGCCGGACAACAUCAAGGCUCUCUUCCGCAAGGGCAAGGUGCUGGCCCAGCAGGGGGAGUACAGUGAGGCCAUCCCCAUCCUGAGGGCGGCCCUGAAGCUGGAACCUUCCAACAAGACGAUCCACGCAGAGCUCUCGAAGCUGGUGAAGAAGCAUGCAGCGCAGCGGAGCACGGAGACCGCCUUGUACCGGAAAAUGCUGGGCAACCCCAGCCGGCUGCCUGCCAAGUGCCCUGGCAAGGGUGCCUGGUCCAUCCCAUGGAAGUGGCUGUUUGGGGCGACUGCUGUUGCCUUGGGGGGUGUGGCACUCUCUGUGGUCAUUGCUGCCAGGAACUGACCGCCCAGGUGGCCAGCACCCCCUCUGCACACCAUGGACCCUGCCCUGCGCUCCCCAACUCCCCCAGGCUCCCUGUCCACUGCCCUCCCUGGUCUGGCCCCCUCCUCCGGGUUGGGGGAGCAAGGAUUGGGGGUCGUGCAGUCCAGCCAGCAGGAGGGACUAAGGCCCUCAGGAGGAAAGCCCAGAGGGAGGGGGCCCUCAUUCCUUCAGACCCAGUUCUCCCCUCCCC